AUGUAUUCGUUGUCGUUGAUUAAGCAAUCGAAUCAAGUGAAUAAGAAUUCAUCUCCGUCAGUAGCAGCAUCAACUGAUAGAAUAUUCGAUAAAAAUAUCACUGUUCGUUUUGAAUUGAAUGAAUUCGAUACGGUGGCUCAAGUUUACCCUGAACUCACAACAAUCGGCGAGGUGCUCGAGGAUGUGGCGUCAAAAUUUCAAUUGUUACCGAAAUAUCUAUCGAUAAAGCAGAAGUUCGGAAUGAAAAUCCCAAAAACGGCUCGCCUCUACCAAUUGUGCUCAAAUGACUUUGGCAUUUUGGAUUUUAAACUUGGCCUGAGCGAUUUGGCUAAUCACAUCAAUGAAAGCAUUCGGAUCGAACAUGAAAAAAUUCGUCUCGACACGAAUUCAUACUAUCGAUUAUUAUCACAUUGUACGUGUAUGUGUGUUGUUUGUAGGCAAAAUUUGUUGCCCGAUUUCGUCUCGGUUGCGAUUCCCGAUAAAGAUGAUCCAUUGAAUUCCAAACGCAUUAUCGUCGAAAUUAUCAACAUUCCGAUAAUAAAGCCAUUUCUUGGAGGAUAUGUGAAUAAACUAACAGGUGCCGUUUAUCAUAAUGCUUAUACACAAACCGGGCCGUUGAAACAGCAGGCCAUCAAAUACAGCGACCUAGUAACACGAGACACCCAAACAACCGGCGAAUUAUUAUGCACUUAUGGCGCAUCAUCGAGUGGUGAAUUGCAUAAAGAUCAACAAGUGGAGCAAAAAACAGACAAAUCAGCCGAAAUGGAAUGCCGAAUGGCUAUCGUAAUUCAACGUGCAGUUCGACUCUUUUUAUGGAAGCGAUUUAUACACAAUCUUUCGGUGGAACGACGAAGCAGAAAAAGUGACACCAAUAAUGAAACGUCAACAUUAAAAGAUCAAUGCUCUGAUGAGAUUUCUUCGGCCGACAACAAGGUCAUUCCGGUAAUCGGAUCGCCGCAGACACGACACGAUUUCCAGUUAUUAGAAUCAAAAAUUCACAAAUGGAAAGAAAGUCAAAUUGAAUACAUUAAAGAACGGUUCAACGAUAAAGCGAAGCAACAGGUAGAAUUUACGAAGGUGUUGGAACAUGAAAUCAAAUUACUGAACGAGAUUGAAAAGAAACGGAACAAAAUGCGCAAAGAAGCGUACGAUAAACACAUGGACCAGUUGUUAGAUAAGAUGGGUGCUCCAGUCAAGUGGAUCGGUUAUAAAAAUAUCAAAUGUGAAAUGGACUUGCUUCAAUGCCAAAAGAUCCGUAAACUGACCACUUUAUAUCGUCAACUGAAAACAUCCGGAACGAAUCGCAUCGAUCGAAUAGAAUUUGUAAAUGAAUUGUACAGGAUUCUGGUAGAAGAACCACACUCAACACUUUUGGAUGAAGUAAACAAAAGAAGAAAAAAACCACACAACUCAUUUGGAAUGAAUAAAUUUAGAAUAACAUUUGAAAUGUUGAUCGAUAAUAAUUGUGUUUUGCAGCUGCUGGAUUUAUUGAAACGAGAACAAAAAAUGUUGCUGGCGUUGGUUGACAAGAAAACUAUAGACUCAUUGCGACGCCGACAAAAUUUACUCUUUCGCAAUUUCAUCGUGUCACAGAAAGUGUAUGAACCAAGUGUUACAUCGACACCUUCACCUUAAACCCGGAUUUUUGCAUUCAGAUUGGAAUAUUUGGGACACAUUCAACAGUCCAACGACACACGACUCUCGAAUCUCUCGAAAUAGUCUACAAAUUUUGAACUCUUCUUUCUCCCAUGGCCUAGUUUUGCGAAUAGCACCAGACACAUUGAAUUUUCCAGGGGUCAUUUCUUU